UAUCUCUCAGAAAAUGUAAGUUGUUUAGAAGCACUGGGAAUGGCGUCUUGUACUUUACAUUUGAGUGCUACACGGUAACCUACCUUGCCAUCCGUAUAUCAUUUAUCAUUUUUAAACACAAGAGGAGCUCUAUAAUGGGGAGAUCACGGUCAAGAAGUAGAACACCCAAGAGACAUAAGAGCAAGAGGUCUCACAAGAGGAGGUCUCGGUCUCGCGAGAGGGAGCGGCGCAGACACCGAGAUCGUGAGAGGUCCAAGGAGCGACCUUCCAAGGCCAGCCGUAAAUUAUCAAGAUCAUCAUCAUCGUCAACAACCAGUGAUGAGGAACCCAGGACAAGAGAAAAGAAGAUUGAUGAAGUUGACAGAUUGGCUGAGCUAGAAAGAGUUAGGAGGCAGAGAGAAGCAGAACAAAAAAUGGUAGAGGAAGUCGCAGCCAAAAGACUGGAGGAGUUAGUGGCACGAAGGGUGGAGGAGGAGUUGGAACGGAGACGAGAUGAAAUAGAAGCUGAAGUGUUACGUCGUGUAGAGGAGGCCAAGUGCCUUAUGGAACAGCAGAUGCUAGAGGAGCUACAAGAAAAACGUCGUCAGCAGGAGGAGGAUCAGAAGAAGCGAGAGGAGGAGGAACGUAAGCAACGGGAGGAACUGGAACGAAUCAUGGAGGAAAAUAAGCGAAAGAUAGAAAUUGCACAGAUGAAAUUGGCUGAGCAGCAGCUGCAGAUGGUGGAGGAACAACGAAAAAUUGACGAGGAACGCCAAAGGAUUAAGAGAGAGCAGGAAAAGCGGACGCGUGAGGAGCAAAAGAUCAUCCUCGGGAAAAAUAAUGCUCGUCCAAAGAUUUCCUUCUCAAUUUAAGCGAAUUACCCAAUUGCAUGGGCUGUUGUGUUUAUGGGUUUACAUUUGCUUAGGUUUUUAUUUUAUUUUAUUUAUUUUUUUUUUUCAGGAACAAUGCUUUACCUAUGCAUGAAGUGCAACAGCAAGUAUACAUGUAGAAAGCUAGAGACUAUGUAUUUGUGUGUAUUCAUAUAACUGAAUUCAAAAUUUUUAAAAAUAUUUGUUAUCAUAUUCAUUAGUUGAAAUUCUCAUUCAUGUACCUAUUGUUAAAAAUGCAAAGACAGUAGUGUCUAGCUUUUUACAGAAAGAUUACACACCAUAGUUCAUUGUCACUGGGAGAUGUUAUUGAUAUUUCAUGAUAGUGUUAAUGCUGAGCUUUACUUAUAGGUUUCAGAAUAUGAGUGCAAAGGGGGCUUAGUCACUUAAGUAGAAAGGUGUUAUUGUGAUGGUUAGGGGAGGGAGGGUUAUAGCUUGUGCAAAGGCAGAUGUACUGCAGCCAUAUGAGAGCUGACAAGAGCAACUCCAAAACAAGGUAGGCAUGAAUUGUGGGUGGGUUUUCAAUUGAUGAAUUUUAGUUGUUUCUUUGGGAGAAGUAAUAUGAUGGGCACAAUACGAGGCUUCGUAAGGAAAUGUAAGGUAGGACUAACACUGUCCUAUGGACAGAUGUAUAAUUAAUGCUGGUAUACUUUAUUUGCCUUUGUUAACAGAAUUACCUGUAGCUAUAAUUCUAAUCAUUUAUAUCAUUUUACAUAUUUCAUCCUUUUAUUAUAAGUUCAUGAUGAUUAUCAAGUGAAAAUGUUUGCCAUAAUGGCAAACCAUAAAAAGAUGUACAGUACGUAAUAGCACAUGGAUCACAUCUUAUGUACAAAGUCCACCCUUGCGGGUGGCCUAGACUUCCAGCUUUAUACUCACAUCAGGAGUCUUCAGUGAAGAGUUAUCUUCACUAUAUCUGUUUUGAAUACCCCAAUAAAUUUAAAUUAUUAGUUAUUAUGAA